UUCUCGUUUCAUAAACACGAGGAGUUGGUGAACAGCUUAUGUGGCAGUGAGAGGGAAGAAUUAAAUUAUGCCACCUAAGCAAGAUCAAAAGAAAAAAGACCCCAAAGCUGGGGCUAAGAAAAAGGAAGGUGGAUCUUCAGGAGGUAAAGCUAAGAAGAAGAAGUGGUCAAAAGGAAAAGUUCGGGACAAGUUGAACAACUUGGUCCUGUUUGACAAACCAACAUAUGAAAAAAUGUUGAAAGAAAUUCCAAGUUAUAAGUUAAUUACACCAUCUGUGGUUUCUGAUCGACUGAAAGUUCGGGGAUCCUUAGCCAGAAAGGCAUUAGAAGAACUUCAGCAGAAAGGUUUAAUCAAGCAAGUUGUUAAACAUCACAGUCAAGUAAUAUAUACAAGGGUGACUAAAGAAGAUACAUCAUAAUGUAAAUGAAACCAUAAAUAAAAUUUUUUAAAUAAUACCA